AUGAUACAUGGAGUAUUUGGAGAUGUCAUGUGCAAAGGUGUGGUAUACACUGUGUUUGUCUCAGUGACAGCCUCCAUCCUAUGCCUGACAUUGAUGGCAAUCGACAGGUACUAUGCCAUUGUUCAUCCACUCCGCCGCCAUCUUUGGUUCCGAAAGUAUAAAAUAACAGUGCCACUUAUUUGGAUCUGGUCACUGGCCUCUAUGGCCAUAUUCCUGCCUACUCAACACCUGGAAGAGCACAAUUCCCAAUGCAUGCUAUCUGUCUAUAUUCUGGGUGAUCCAGAUAAAGCUAUCCAAGGAAUAUUCCUCUACCUUGUGCUCAUCCACUAUCUGAUCCCUUUGAUCGUCAUCUCUUCCCUUCAUGCAAUCGCUGCAUGGAAGUUAUGGUUCCAUGUUGUACCUGGAAAUGAAAACUCGAUUCGAAACCAACAGGAAACGUCCAAGAAAAGAGUGGUUCGAAUGCUCAUUAUUGUUACCUUUGCCUUUGCCCUUUGCUGGCUUCCUGCACACGUGGUUCACGUGAUUAUAGUCAUGGAAGCAUGGAAUAUUGAGGUAACUCUUUGGCCGAUUGUCACGUUUCUGUGUUUUUGGUUUGGUCACGCCAACAGCGCCAUCAACCCAUGGCUGUACAUUUUCUUAAGCAGCAAGAUCAAUACCGAAUUUAAAAGAAUUGUGUACAGAAAAAGGGGCCGGUCACCCACCAGUCUUUGCGUCAAAACACAAAAAGAAGAAAACGAGAGACAUGACAAGGAGCCAAAAGAUGAGGCCGCUGAGUUAGAAUCAAGAUUGUAAUCUCUGUCGUAACUUCAAACAUUCAAUCGAAAUUCUAUGACUAUAUGAACACGAGACUUUCUUCUUGACUUUUGAGAUUUAUGACGAACUUAGAUUUGUAAAGUGUUAAUUUGCCGUCUUGAUGAGCUAGGUUGCGGUAUCAAUGUGAUCAAAUAUGAAAGCUUGCUACGAUGGAAACGUGGAUCUGAAACACGCCAAAAGAGGAUAGAAAGUAAUAUUAGGGAGAUGGUGAGACAAAAUCUGGAAGGAUAUCUUCCCAAAUAACUAAGAGACUAAGAAUCAUAAGACAUGCACAGCGGGCAUAGACAUCAAGAUAUAAAUAACGUUUAUUUAGAAUGAACACAAAUGUAAUCAGGUUUUCCUAAUGUUGUGCCCAAAGCACUUAUUAUACACAAAGAAUUUGAUCUAAAACUGAUUUUAUAUGAUGCUUUAGAAAAUGAGGUGCAUUGAAAAUCAUCAAACCACCAAACUGGGCUGUGAAACAAAAUUUUAUACUCAGGCUGGGAUGAUUAUGCCCAACUGCCGAAAGCCACAUAGUAAACACCUACCAAUGGUAAACGGAGCGGUGACUAAUUUUCAAAAUACAAGGGUCCAAUAAGAAAAAAAGAGUGUUUAUAUAACACUCGACUGACAAAAAAUUUGACCCUGAAGAAAUAUAUCAUUGAGACAGUUGCCAUUAUCUAAGUCCUCACGGCAUGGUUUGAGGACUGCUUCGGGAAAGAAAAGAAAGGUUGCACGCUUGCGUGAAUUGCUAAGUAUAUUUUAGUUAAACCGUCGACAUGACAAUUUUAUUAUUGAACCAUGCAUACUAAUGAAACAAAGAAAAGAAAUUUGAAACUGAGCUAAUGAGCAGUAGUUUUCGUACAGCUGUUGUGAGACUUUUUCUUAUUCUCCAACACGUUUUGUGUAACCGUCGUAAAGUUCUUCAGGGAGUUUUACAAGUCAUCGCUGAACACCUGUAUUUAUAGGUUAUAGCUCGCGACUAUUCCGUGAGUCAAUGACCAUGAAUAAGGCCAUGUACAGAAAAAGGCGAAGCUAUUAAAAAGAAAAAAUCUAGGCGAGGAAAUGAUUUGGGGACCACGGCUUCAGCUGUAUCAUUGAGACAGUUGCAAUUGCUAUUAUGCAUGUCUUCCGCAUAUGGUUCGAGUACUCC